CGUCUCGCAUCUACCCUUGAAAAUAAUAGUCCGAAAAAAUGAGACUGUCUGCAACAUUACUGCUUUUUCCUAUAUCUACCGCUGCCCUGCCCUUGGGUGUCAAAGGAGCUCUGCAGGCACUCGUCUCGCCAUCACUAAUCAAGAACACUUCUCCGAUAUUUGCUCUUGAGGACUACAUGUCGUAUGCUACCGAUGCUGGCCUGCUGGAUGUUAAGAGAAUGUUUGAUAGUGGCCAACUCCAGAAAGCAUUCGAUAGGCUGCGCGGACAUUUUAGUUACAUGGACAGAGACCCAGAAAUGUCGGAGAGCUGGGAAUUUAGCGCGGCGCUGGACAUUGCCACCCGCGGAUUGGACAGGAUGGCGGCCAUGUAUGCUAUGGAGUUGAUGUAGCGUGGCAGCGCCCUGUUAGAUUGGUGAAUACAGGCAGCCAUGCAUCGGGC